AUGUGGCGCAGCCAUCUGUAUGGAGAAGUGCCAGGGAUGGGAGCAGGCGCUAUGAGAGCACUGCUUACCGAUGAAUACGUGCGUUUAAUGACGGCCAGGGAAGCACCAACGCCUAAGAAACUGCUCGACAGCGUCAUGCAUUUGGUCCCUGAACGCCAUGCCGUCGCUUCGGCGCAACGCCGUAUCGCCUUGGAGAAACUGACUGCCAUGCGAAUGGUGCAGGGGAGGGCAGUUUCGUUCAUCGAUACAGAGUGCAUCUUUGCAGAUAUGCACGACGGGCGCGAUCCAGCGGAUAAACUCGCAAGCUCGGUGCGAUUCGUCGAGAUAGUGAAGGCCGGCUACAAGGGUGUGAACCUGCGCGCGACUGGUCUAGACAACUUGGUGUCGGCGACGCCUGCUGAGCACGACUACCGCACUUUCCUCAUGCACUUCGCCAUGAGCGAAGGAUGGGUGAUGCAGCACGGCAAAUACGACUUCUGGGGGGCUGCCGACGCGCGCAAGGAAUUCGCGCAGUACAAGAUAGCGCAGCCGAUGCUGUACAACUACCAGCAGUUCCGCCACAUUGGUGGUGUGGAUGGCAUCGGCGCGGGCAUUCUGGCACAUGCUCUUGGCAUGUUAGCCUGGAGGAAUGCUGGCCAUCGUAGCGACGACGAAGACAUGAUCUACUACGGGCACGGGACCCAGUCGCCGCACGUCAGCGGACGUCAGGGGCGCACUCCGUCCGCCGGGGAUGACUCAGCGGGCCACGAGGAGACCGACAAUGAGACGGGUUAUCUGCAGUGGGCCGACCGUCUCGAUGUGGAGGACGCGCCAGAGGACACCGACGAAGAAACUGAGAGCGAACCAGUGAAUGAGGACGCCGAAGCUGCUGGUUGGCUGUUUGUUUCAGCUGAGCAUAGGCAGCACCGCCUGAUCUCCGAGGUUGUUGCGGCAUCGUCAAACGCGACUUCCAUUGAGGCACGGCCCGGCAAUCGCGGACCUGCAGUGACUUCGGCGGGAGGUGCGGGCUCCGUUGCUCGCAAUGCCGCCCAGCCGGUGGACGCGGCAGUGGCAGCGCGUGUUAGGCUGCAGGAGCGUCGCAUCCUGGAACUGAACCAGACCAUCGAGCGUCUCGAAGGGACUCGGGCGGCAGCUGCUCGGGAGGCCGCAUCUCGGAAUGUGCCCCGUUCUGCACGCGCGCGCGAGGAUGAUGCAGAUCCACCACCGGCCACCAGGCAGCGCGUGUCGCCGCCGCAUGGGGUCAACACCGACACACGCCGUAACACCAGGUCGCCUCUGGUGGCGCAGGCCAUAGCCAGGGAGAUCCGUCAGAGCCACGCUGGCUCGCGGGCCACUCCUGCCAUACUUGACUGGGGCGACAAUCUUGAGCAGGGGAACAAGAUGAUCCCGACGCUGGAGGACGGAUUUAAGGGUGUGGUGGAGGACAGCAUCAGCAUUCUCGCAUACGACACGAACGUGGUGGUUAUGAACUUCUGGGUCCCCCCGGCGCUCGCAGAGUGGUGCGUCGCCCGCGCUCUCAAGCUCACAUCACCGAGAGAGCUCACACUGCUGCACAUGAUUUGGGGCGUCGACGAGAAGCGUGUGGCUUGGUUCACGCGCAGGAUGCAGGUUUGGCGCAACACCAAGUGGGAGCAGGGGAGGGCAAACGCGUACAUUCUGCACGGUCUCCCGUACGACGCUGGGGCGAAUCCGCGCAUCAACUUGCCCGUAAUCCCCGACGGGCAGGAGGUGGAGCGUAUCACACGUCGCGACUUCACCACACGAUACAAGGCUGGGCCUGCCACCUUUGAGCUGAUGCCAUGGCAUCGCAAUGCCGCGGGGCUGCCCUUUUCGACCGAGAUUUUCGAGCGCGCUCUCUAA